CCCCUCCCGUCAGGCGCCCGCCCGCGCCGUGCCGGGAAGAUGGCGGCCGCCGGUCGGGCCUGGCGGGCCGCCGCGCUGCUGCCGGCAUGGCGGCUGCGGGCUCCGGGCCGAGCCUACGGCGCCGCGGCAGGAGGGGGCGGCAGCGGCGGGGGCCGCCUGCUGCUGGGCGCUGCCUUCGCGCUGGGCGGUGGCGCCGGCCUCUACCUGGCGGCGCGGCACCGCCUGUGGGAGCACUCGGCCGCUGAGCUGCCUGCAGGGAGCCUGCAGCUCACUCUCUACCAGUAUAAAACGUGUCCUUUCUGCAGCAAAGUCCGAGCUUUUCUUGAUUAUCAUGGACUGCCAUAUGAAAUUGUGGAAGUGAACCCGAUCAUGAGGAAAGAAAUCAAAUUUUCUUCCUACAGAAAGGUGCCUAUCCUGCUGGCCAAUGCUGGAAGCCCUCUGCAAUUGAAUGACUCUUCGGUGAUCAUCAGUGCAAUAAAGACUUACCUCAUUUCCAAGAGGAAUACCUUGGAAGAGAUCGUGUCCUUUUAUCCUCCUAUGAAAACUGUGACUGAGCAGGGCAAGGAGGUAUUUGAGUAUGGGAAUAAAUACUGGCUCAUGCUGGAUGAGAAGGAGACAAAGCGGAUCUAUCCUGUCAAUGAAGUGAGAGUGGAAGAAAUGAAGUGGAGAAAAUGGGCAGAUGAUUGGCUUGUUCACCUCAUCUCCCCCAACGUGUACCGUACCCCCAGAGAAGCCUUGGCAUCUUUUGAUUACAUCGUCCGUGAGGGGAAAUUUGGCACCGUGGAAGGUUUCUUCGCCAAGUACCUGGGGGCUGUUGCCAUGUUCUUCAUUAGCAAGAGGCUGAAGAAAAGACAUCACCUUCGUGAUGAUGUCCGAGAAGAUUUGUAUGAAGCAGUCAAUGAGUGGGUAAAAGCUGUUGGAAAGCAUCGACUGUUCAUGGGAGGAAACCAGCCGAACCUUGCUGACUUGGCCGUGUACGGGGUACUCCGGGUCAUGGAAGGGCUGGAAGCCUUUGACGACAUGAUGGUUCACACCAAGAUUCAGCCGUGGUACCAGCGCAUGGAAGAAGUCAUUCAAAGAGGUGAAGCUGCGGUCUGACACCAGCUGCGGCUCCCUUCCUGAAGCACUUGCAUGGUAAAAAUCUUCAGAAGGAAUGGCAUCGAUAUUUUUGGCGUUGGACUGGUCACAGCUAAUGGACUGACAUGCAGAUGCAGAGACUGUCCCAUUUUGAUUAUCAGGUCUUGGUGAGCAGAAGGGAUCCAGCUGGGUGUGUUUGAACAUGGUAUUGGGAAGGAUGGGGACAGGUAAAAGGAAGGGAUGUUGGGUGCUGCUGGAAAGGAGAAGCUCUGAAGAAUGCAGUAAAUAGGUUUCUUUUAGGCAAGAGCCAUUCUCGGAGCAUAUCACUGUAAAAGCAAACCACUCCUGGCUAGUGAGUGUACCAGCCGUGUCAGAUACGGUGUGUCUGAGCAGGUCUUGCUUCACGCUGUCUUCCGCUGCUCAUCCACGUCAUGUGAAGUGUUUUCCUGACUGAGACACUGGAUACUAGUUUUUAAGUGAUGUUUUUUCUUGCAAUAGAAUACUGUAAGCCCAGUGCUGAGGGAACUGGGGAAAUCCACAGUACUGGGAAAGGCGUCCUUCCAACGUCAGAAACAAUGCUGCACUUGGCAGAUUGUGUGCUUUUAACUCUUCCAUGUAAACGGUCCUUUUGGUACUUGGUUCUGUAUGGUCUGUGAGGAUAAAGGCUUGCUUCUGCCUGUG